ACGUUGCCAACGAAGGCAACCGCCUAUAGCCAGUCAUCUUCUUUACCGUUCUCAAGGUGCCAGCCCAACAAAAACCGGGCCCUUGUUCUCUGGGAAAAUCAUUCUCAUUUUUUCAGAAAAAGUUCUGGAAGCUGCUAGAAGAUACGAAUUCAGGAACUUUCGGGGACACUGCAAUUUUUGCAAGGGUAUCCCCGCGAGCGGUGAGGCGAGAUUAGUCCCUACGGCCACGGGAUAACCAGCACCGCCCCCAAGUGUCCGUGACGGGGUAAUUUCAGUGAUGGAAGAUGGCAUUUUUCUAUUUUCUCUUGAUGACUGGCCUGCAUAACCUCUAUUUGACUUUGUGUGAGAGCUAAUUGACCUUUGAAAUGCGAUUUACAUUCUGUCUGAUGGCUGGAAGGGACUCUUGGCUUUAAGGAGUGACCUGACUGGGGAGUUUGGACUUUGUUACUGUAAGCAUGGCAGACCUUCCAUGUCAAGGCAGCUUGUCCUUAAAUAAUUCAGUAACAAAUUCAGUGUCUAGGAGUGCUGGUACAUUAUCACUUUUUCCAGAAGGGCUAACUGUACAAGGAGAAACUCUUUCUGAAGAAGCUCAACAGAGUGUAUUGCCACAUAAAUCUAAGACUAAAAACGAUUCAUUUGUGGGCAGCAAAAUUGAGCUGAGUAACUUUAGUUUGAGACUUGUUGAUUCUGAUCCGAAAGAUGAAGACACAGAUAAACAUAGUGAUACUAAAAUAGACAAUCGUGAAUUGCCAAAGACAAGGCAAAAACAGAUGGUCACAGAACUCAGCAAUUUAGAAGAGAAGAGAACUUUAGACAUUGCAGAUUCAAUGUGCAGAAAUGAUAUUUCAAGAGUCAUGCCUGUGAGAUUGUUCAAUUUUCAGUCGAGGGAAAUUUCAAAUGAGCCUCAGAAUUCAAGUUCAGCUAUAAAUGAAUCAGAGGCGCAAUCUGCUAAUAUGCUCUCUAUGCCACCUAUAGCUGUGCAACAUUCUUUUUCACCAUAUAGAAACGAUAAACUUACAAUCUUUACUGGAGGAGUAAUGGAGAACAGUAAGACAGAAUGUGCAUUUGUGCCUGCUGCAAAUAAUCUUCCUGUAUAUAGGACUCAACCUAUUAGUACAAGAAAGCCACCCUUGCCACCGGGAGCAACACACCUUAAGGGAGGGUUUUCUCAUAAGACAAACAAAGUUCAUAUUCAGAGAAUGCCACAAGAGUCAAGAAAGCACUUAAGGGUGUCUGAGUUCAGAACUAAAAAUUUUAUUCCUGCUGAAGGGUCUGAUAAAGAGGGGUGUGUAGAGAGACGGAAUUCAUGUCCAUUAUACAGAAGGACACCUAUUACAGAUAAAAGCAGAGGAUUAACAGUUAAGUCUGUAAUGUUUGAUAAGGUGGCAAGUGCAGCUACUAAUUCAUCGAUGGAUCUUGUAACAAUAUCUGAUAAUAUCCAGGCCCCUUUCCCUGCAUCUAGCAGAGAAGGCAGGAUAUUGCAUCAGCAAGACAUUUCAGCAUUUAGUAAUGACAACAUGAAGAAAACUCUGGGCAGUGAGGGAAAUGUUGAAAGUGACAACAAAAAUUCCUCAAGCUUGGAUCACAAAAGGAAAUGGUUUCAGCGCUCCCAGUAUAAUGUGACAGGUAAAGCUCAUUUUCAAAGUUUCUUUGAAGAAGAGGACAAAGGUAUUCACGAAUUUACUGUUGGUGAAUCAUUAUGCAGUAAUGUUGGGGCUGCUCUGCAGGUAACUAAAGGAACAUUGCAGAACAGAUCAGGUCUUUUGCCAAUAUCAUCUGCUCCCAUAAGUCAUAUCCAAGAUCCUUCUAGAUUACUUGCAAACUCAGAUGACCAGAUGCCUAGAAAUAUUGCUAAAUCAUCAAAUCAGAAUUUUCUUCAUUUCAAGUCAUCAGAGGCUGAUAUUUCCUGGUAUGGUAGAGAAUUCAUCAGCCCAGCCUCAUCAGGGACUGAGAAGUCAGGAGCCAACUUUUCAUUGCAACAACAACAAGUCAAUUCCCCUCCUGUUCAUUCUCUCCAGAAAUUUGUCGAAAUGCAAGUCCAAGAUUCUAGAACAUCCUCCACAGUUAGCUACUCCUGUGAAUCUAUUGUUGAGCCCUACUACAAUACUCAAACAGAGCACUGCCGGCAAAUGGGAAGGGCUCAAAUAAACUCAAAGAAAAGAGAUUUUGAUUCAUGUACUACAGAUUAUUUAAAAGCUCCUGUAAUCAUAAGCCAAGCAGAAAUGGUAAAGUCCUUACAAAUUCCUUCUGUGUCUUCUAUCAAACAAGUACAUCACAAUUUUAAUGAGGGUGCUGAAGGAUACAUACGUGCUUCAAAAAGUUCUAGCACUGAUGUAGAAGUUAGGAAGGUAGAUGUGGAAAGAUUACAAAGGCAGCUCGAUCAGGUCAAGGAUGGUGUUUUCAAAUUAGGUUCUCCAAGUGAAGGGACGGUUCAUGGAGUAGAUCUAGAGGUGAUGCAGAGUUUACAAGACAGGGAUCUUGGUAACUCGAAAACUGAGAAUUUGCCUCCAGAAAAGACUAAUUCAUCUCACCAUAAUUUACAGCCUUCGAUAAUAGAAACUCCGGUGGAUACAGUUAUUCGGUCAUCCCCAGAAUUUUGCAUGGUUAACACACGAAAAAGAUGGAGAAAAAGAUUAAAAUGGACACUUGACUCUGAUGAGAAAAUGCAAGAAUCCACCAGUUCAGAUAUGGUACUUGAUACCCAGGGGCAAAAGAUGCAAAUUCUUGAUCAAUGUGGUGGAUUUUCAGGCAACAGAAAUUCAGAAUUGGUUAGCUUACAUCACACAGUAGAUUUUACAAGGGCAUCAAAGGAAGUGUUGGAACAUCACAGAUCAACUGCUUGUGAAAAAGAUGUCCCGAAGCAGAAUUGCGAGUCACCCAUACCAAACGAAGUAGAUGCAAUGGCAUCUUGUCUUCAUAAACACUCUCAUUGCAUUGACCAUCAAGUGAGUUCUAGUUUUCUUGAUGAUAACACCGUAAACCGUACCACAACGGGACAAAAUACUAUGGAUCCUUCAUCACACUCUACAAAUAGUAUAGAUUUGCAAACAAAAGUUUCUUCGCCUGGUAAAGGUGCUUCUUCAAGAUUACAAAAGAAGAUAGAUGUGGCCUCCAUAUUAUCACAUCCUUGGAUUCAACGCUGGCGACCCUCAUGUCCGAUUGCAUCAUCCCUGUGGGAGAUGCAUCAUAGUUCAUUAGUUAACAAGGAAAUCAAUCAUGGAAGUCUUCCACAACUAUUUGGACCAAUGAAAAUGAUGCCAAGUGCUGCUGCAAUGGCAAUUGUCGGGAUUGCUGCACGACAGUUUCAACCAUGUCAGCUGCAAAAGAAGGGUUCCUUUUCAGUUUGGACUGCUGUAGGAUUUGCCAUGAAUGGAACUGUAGAAUAACAAUAAAAUAAAGAUAGUUCAUAUAAUCUUAAAUGUCUAGAUUCCCAGAUGACUAGAAUUUUGAAUUCACUUGUUUCUUUUUUAUUUGAAGGUUUUGCUUUGGAUUAUUUUGGUUACGUUGUACACAUAUUAUCUUGCAUUCAAGUUAGCUUGUUAGUGCAUGUGGCUGGGUCUGAUGGAGUGACAGAGCCAGGGGCAACGGAUGUUAAUAAUGUCGUUGAAAUCAAAUGAUGCUUGGAUCUAAAGCCAAUUUUAUGUACUGUGCUGAUAUUUGGAAGUUUAUGGUUCCAGUUUGAAACUAAAUGUUCGGAAUGAGAUUUGGGUGGUGAUUCUACUAUUUUUUUAA